AUGUCUUCGGUACCGCCUCAGAGCGACAUGUUCGACAUGACUGUAAAUGACCUGUUGAUCAUCCCAGAGAUUCAGGAGGUCUUGAAACGGGAUGUAUCCGACGACAAGCCCAUGCUUGCGGCACUCAGCAUGUAUAGCUACACUAGCAGCCCAAGAGCGUCCAUUUACGACAAAGUUGCAAACGCGGAGCCAGAAGGUACCGAAGAAAAGCGGCGAUUCGAGAAGCACGACAAAAAUGGGUAUCGUCAGGUGCACUCACCAGUCUCAAAAGCAGUAGGUUUAUCAACCGGAUUGGACGUGACCAAGGAACAGAAACCAAGGACGUCGGACAACAAGCUUGUUCGAUACUACAAACCAGCGGACAAGACAGUGAAAGGAAUCUGCGCUACUGAACUCCGUGACCUCCGCCGUGCAGCUCAAGUGCGAAUGGCUUCCUUUCAACAAAUCAAGCAGGAGAAAGAAAUAGCAUGUCGCCAGCAACACCAAAUCCAAGAACUCCAGUCGGAGCUGCUUCAGCUGCUCCAAAUCGAAGCGCAGCUUGUAGCCGAUGAGGAGCGGUCGGUGGAUUCGAUUGAGGCGGAGCUUCAGAUGUGCAAAGAAGAGAUCGCAAGUCUCUCCGGGCAAAUGCAGGAAGCCGCUCAAAAAGAACUCGACUGGGUAGCGAAGGUCGUUGAUGUAUGUCACGGUUGA